AUGCGAUCAUCGGCCAGAUGCAAAAUCAAAGCCUUGCGUGCAAAAACCAAUACGUACAUAAAGACUCCUGUGCGAGGCGAGGAACCCGUAUUCGUGGUAACUGGACGCAAAGAAGACGUAGCCAAAGCUAAGCGUGAAAUUCUUUCUGCUGCAGAACAUUUUAGUCAAAUUCGUGCAUCUCGCAAAUCUAAUCUUAGCGGCGGGUUAGGAUCUGGCGCUAGUACGCCACCAGGACCACCUGCAAAUAUUCCUGGCCAUGUCACAAUCCAAGUGCGUGUUCCAUAUCGCGUUGUGGGAUUAGUUGUAGGUCCUAAAGGCGCUACUAUUAAACGCAUUCAGCAUCAGACUCACACAUACAUUGUUACCCCAAGUCGCGAUAAGGAGCCCGUCUUUGAGGUUACGGGUCUCCCUGAAAGUGUAGAAACUGCUCGUAGAGAAAUAGAAGCGCAUAUCGCACUCCGCACGGGCAAUGGAGCUACUGCUGGAACAGCUGGAAGCUUAGGAGCUCUGCUUGGCGGAGAUGCUGACGCACCCGAACUUCUUGCAUCCUUAUACAAAACUGGAUUGGGAUCUUUGUUCAACUACUUAGAGCCCGUUCAAAAUGAUGCUUUUGCUUUGACUUCAUCCGGCAGUUCUGGCGCGUACUCCAGCUCUGCUUCUUGCUCUUCCAGUUCUUCAGGAGGGGCUGGCGGCAGCGCGCACAGUGGAACGCGUUUGGGAGAUUUAGUGUCCAUUUGGAAUGGAUCAUUGGACCGCGAUGAGGGACUCGGCGAUUCUCCGAGUUUUGACCCAUCCAGCAUUUGGUCAUUUACUGCGCCUUUGGCUACGCGACCAUCACCAGCCGCGUCCGUAUCGCCCGCUGACUCACUGCUUGGGUCCGCAAAGCGCGAAUGCCGUGUGUGCGGUGAUAUGGAGGUCACCGCUGCAUUAGUACCAUGCGGACACAAUCUUUUCUGUUUGGAUUGCGCUAAUCGCGUGGCCGCCUCCGAGGGCUGCUGCCCAGUGUGCAGUCAACAAGUUGUGCAGGCUAUUCGCAUCAUCUCCUAGACCGGCGCAUCAAAAGAUGGCCAGUGUUGAACGAAAAUGUUUACACGGUUUCAAUAAUUAAGAUGUUUGCGUUGUCUGUGAAGAAGUGCGACUGUGUCUGUGUACUUGAUAAAGCGGUGUUUUUACUUAAGCGUCGUUUCGCGUAUUCAUAUGAUUAUUACUAUACGUUCUCGUUUUGUCGGUAGUUUUAAGAGUUUGAAUGAAAUGUAUGUGGCUGUUUUAUAUCAGCACAAAAUAUAUUAUUAUAUUCUCGUUUAAUCAAUUAUUUUGUUUCUAAUAGAGAUUUGAAAUGUUCUUGAUUUCGAAUGUUUAUGAUUUUGUUUUACCCUAUUAUCUAUGAAAUGAUAUAUUUAGUGUUAAAAGUAUGAAU